GCGCGUGCGUUUUUAACAGAAUUAUGGCCGCGGAGAUUCAAAUUUAUAUUCGUCAACUCGUUAACUAUGUGAAAAAAGCAUCGUAAUUCUUCACGAUCAGCGAAGACUAGAGUCAGAGUAAUGACAACACUCAUGGCAAAGAACGUAUUUGUCAAUCCUUUCUACCAAGAAGGCGUCGGCAGACGUACUGGUGUUGUAUUGAAGAAAGACGUGAGGAAAGACAGUGAUGGUUUUGAAGUUUUUGAUGAUUACUGGUCAGAAAGUGAAAAUGAUGCCACUAUAAACAACACUACUUUUGCAGCAGAUAAGGAAAAUAAUGGCGACAGUAAACAUACAAAUCGACGUAAAAAGAGCUCGCUGAAGUCUAUGCCAUCCUUCUCUCCACAAGCUGUCAGCACUGACCGAGAGGAAAGUAAAGUUGAAUUUCCACAAGAUGUUUCUCACGCUACAGGCAAUGCAUCAACCAUUGAGGCUGAUAUCACUGGUAGUAUCAUCAAGCAUCCUGUCCCUCCUAGCCUUGAACCAUUGUCUGUGUUAAAGAAAUUCAAGACCAAGCAGAGGCUAAGUUUUUCUGAGUUUACUAGUUCAGAAGAUAGUCAAACCACUGAAGAGGAGGUUAGUGUUGAAGAUGAAAGCCAAGAGGAUGGUACAUCAUCAGAAGGAACAAUCAAAGCAGCUUCUAGUCAAUCAGAAGUUAGUCAAGAUGAAGAGAAUGAUGAAGAGAGACCGAUCAACAAUUCUGAACAGGAGAGUAGCCAGACAACAACUGAACAAUCGUCACAAGAUGAUGAAGAACCUGAGACAAAGGGUGCUGGAAGUUACCAGAUAGAGGAAGUUCUUUCAUCAAAUGAGGAGGAUACCAUGCAGACCAGAGGAAGGGCAAGGCAUUCAAGAAGAGGGAAGUCUGAUGUAGCAAGUUCACAAGAAGAACCUACAUGUAACAGAGAAGUCAAUAGGCAAUCAACGACAGGAAAGACUUCUGAUGAAAGCUCACAAGAAGAAUCCUCAAGAGAAGGGAACAGGCAAUCUACAAGAGGAAAGUCUGCUGAAGAAAGCACGCAAGAAGAAACAAGAAAAGGCAAUAGGCGAUCAACGAGAGGAAAGUCUUAUGAUGAAAGCUCACAGGAAGGACCUACGAGGGAAGUUAAAAGGCGAUCUACAAGAGGAAAGUCCUCUGAAGAAAGCUCACAGGAAGGACCUACGAGGGAAGUUAAAAGGCGAUCUACAAGAGGAAAGUCCUCUGAAGAAAGCUCACAGGAAGAACCUACGAGAGAAGUUAAAAGGCGAUCUACAAGAGGAAAGUCUUCUGAAGAAAGCUCGCAAGAAGAACCUACGAGAGAAGUUAAAAGGCGAUCCACAAGAGGAAAGUUUUCUGAAAAAAGCUCGCAAGAAGAACCUACCAGAAAAGGUAAAAGGCACUCAGAAAGAGGAAAGUGUGAUGUAACAAGCUUGCAAGAAGAACUUGUAGGAGAACAAAAAGCAGAGCAGAUGGGUGAGAAAGUCCGAAGGAAAAGUACUCAACAAGCAAGUCAGCUGGAAAGUAAUAAAGAAGGUGGGGAAGUUGUAAGUGAAGAAGUCAGAGAUGAGAUGGUAGGAGAGCCAGAAGUAAAAAAGGAGGAGGAGAAAGGCCGCAGGAAAAGUAGUCGCCAAUCUAGAAAGGUGAUAAAUGAUAAUGAAGGUGGGAAGGUUGUAGACAAGGGAACAGAUAAAGAUGCAGAGAUAGGUCCUAAAAAACACAGUCAGUCAAACACCAGUGGAAGAAAUAAAAUAGAACUCAAGGACAGUGAUAAUAUUGCAAAGAAAGAUGAUGAUACAAAAAAGAGAAGAAGUACUCGACAGUCUAAAUCCAAUGAGAGCAAAGUUGGUGAGAAUAUCGCUGGUGACGCAGACAUUGACACAAAUAUGAAAAGUGAUACCAGACCGAGCAGGAAUGUAACAGCUAGCAACGUAAAUACAAAUAAAGUUAAUGACUCAGAGACUGUAUUAGAGAAGGAACAAGAGAAAGAAGGAGUAAUGAAGCACAGGAAAAGUACUGGUCAAUCAGCUAUGACAGAUAAAGAGUUGGAAAAGGAAGAAGGAGUGAAAGGAAAUGAGGAUGAUAAGACCACUCACAGAAAUAACUUUCUUCAGUCAGGAAGUCUGGAAAGGACAGGAGAGGAUAGUGAUAAUGAGGUAAUGGCAGAGGAGACAAGAUGCAGAAGUAAUCGUAAGUCUAAAGGAGAAGAUAUGAAAACAAAUCUAGAGAACAUAUUAGAAGACAUAAAGGAAAAGCGGCGGAGUGGAAAGCUAUCAAAUUCCCCUGCAAAAAGACCAAUUGAAGAAAAGAAGGAAGUGACAGAAAAUGAGGGAGCUCCAGAAAUGGAUGGAGGCAUUGUUGAAAGGACGAUAGCAGAACAGAUCAAAGAAGGACCAGAGUCACAGGAAGCUUCAGAGACAGAAACAGAAAGGAAGAAUAUUCCAGACACAGAAGAAGGAGUGAAGAAAAUUGAAAUUCAAACUAAACAGGAUUCAAAGACUACAGUAGGUGCAAACACUGAAGAUAGAAAUGUGAGCAAGCAAACAGGCAAACUAACUGACACAUCUGAUGUUGAUGAAGAUGAAGACACAGAAAAAGUCUUCUUUUCUUUAAGAGCAAGUUUUGCAGUUCCAUCAGUUCAUGAAUUGGAAGAAGAAUUUGAUGUUGCUGAUGAUGAUACACAGGAGUUUGGCUUAAUGGAUAAUACACAGAAAGGUAAUUGCAAAGAAACUGUAAAAAUAACAAAAAAUGCAACUAAAAAAGGAAACGGAACGCAAAGGGAAAGUAAAGAAGAAAGAGAGCCUGAAAAGUUAGAAAAAUCAAGGAGGAAAUCAAAACAGAACAACAAAGAGGAGAGCAAACAUGAGAAAGUCCAUAAGAAAAGGGCAAGGAAGAGAGGAACAGAAAUCCAAAGGGCUGAUGAUAAUAAAAAGUUAAAAGACAGUCUCAAAGAGAUUAGUGAUGAUGAUGUGCAGGACUCAAAGUUAGCGAUGAAGGACAGUAAGAACAGAGGAAAUAAGUCUACCAAAGAGAAAAAUCCAUCACGAAGAAGGCAGAAGUCCUCCGAGAGCACAUCUCAGACCAGUUCUUCUGAUGUAGAUGUUGACUCUCAGGUCGAUGAUGAAGGAACUUCUCCUGUAGACCUUCCACCAAAGAAGCAGAGAAAACAGAAGAAGAUAAACUCUGAUAAACUUUCAGAGGCCAGCAAUUCUAUGAAGCCCAGUGAUGAAGCACAAGAAAAGGCCGGGUCUAAAGCAUCCAGGUCACGUCGAAGCAGUGUCCACUUCACCACAAAGGAUAUGAUAUCAGUCAGUGGAGACAUUAGCAUCCAUCAAGUCUCUAGCAGUGAGGACAAGUCUUCAGACGACAAUAGUUCAAAGAGUGGUAGUACCAAGGUACAAGAGGAUAGCUUCGUAAGCACAAUACAACAUCAGACUGAAAGUGAAAGCACUGCAGAGAGUGACAGAGAGUCAAUACGCGAACGACCAAGUAGGAGGGGAAGAAAGUCUGGAACUAAAUCUAAGAAACUAACAAAGCGGAGUCAACCCUCAUCUGCAGUUGCCUCCACAUCCUAUGUGGCUGAUGCUGAAAAACCGUCAAGUAUUAAGAAAAGAAGAAUGACUGGAAACCAGAAGAAAAGGGGAAAAUCUUUGCAAUCAAUGACUGAUGCAAGAGAGACAAUAGCUGAUGGUUAUCUGGCUCAUGCCACCUUGGACAACCCUAGUGACAACCAAUCCUUGAACCAGAGCAGCAGGAUAGAGAACCGAGACACGUCCCCCAUAUCUAGUAGUGGAACAAGAUCAGCAGCUUCCUCAGGAUCCAUACUGAAAGGCAGCAAGAACAACCGACAGCGUGGCAAACAGAAGAAGAAAUAUUCCAUUCUCUUCACAGAAAAACCACUCUCGAAGGCAUAUAUCAUCAAACCUGAUGAAGGAGAUGGAGUCAGACGGACCAAACGUCAGAGAGUGCGCCCUCUAGAGUACUGGCGCAAUGAACGUCCCCUCUAUGAGCGUCGUAAGUCAGGUGGCUUAGCCCUUGCUGGUAUCAUCUCUCCUGAAGCUCCAGACAGAAUGUCUUCAAGGUCUGUCAGGUCUCUCAAGAAACAAGCAAAGCCUAAAGGUCAUCUGCCUGUGACGCCAGCUCAUAUCUCAAUCCAUGCUUCACCACCAGUUGGAACCAGUGACGUCUGUUUACCCACUGUCAAUGUAGUUAACCCUGAGACAAAUCAAGAGGUUGCUAUUGAUGCUGUGGCUACGUCUAAGAUGCUCAAAUUCACUGGUCCAAGUGGUUUACCUGCCAAACCAGAUGAUGCCAUCACAAUCACUAAAGCACUCUCACAGAAAGCAUUUGCAGCAGGUGUUCUGACGGUCCGACCAUUUGGUGAGAAAGGUUCUCAGCUAGUAAGACGGGACACCAUGGUUUUUUAUGUGGUUCGUGGCAAAAUUGCUAUGACCCUUCAUAAGACGAGCCAAAUAUUACAGAAUGGAGACUGGUUCUUUGUGCCAAAAGGUAAUGUCUAUAACAUCAAGAACCUGAGAAAAGAUGAAGCGAAGCUUACCUUCUUUCAGCUGAAAAGUGCAUGAAAAUCAACGGAAGAAAAGAGAAUCAUAAACAGUUCAUAAUAGGAUUCACCUUCUGGGUAUUCAUGAUCAUAACUCUCUUAAAUUGGCAAUGAAGAAAGAAGAUGACAUUUUUGCGAGGGAGUGUAAUACCUUUGAAACCGGACAUGUGUGGAAAAACUCUUCCAAUCGAAUAAAAAGCAUAAUGAUGAAAAUUUUAUUGAAAUCGGAUGCUCAAGGGCGUAGGCUGGUUUGAGCAUGGGGAGGUGCUCAUCUUGGGGGAGGUGGAACUAAAGUUUGGGAAAUCAGCUGUUGAAAGUAGAAUCAGUACAAAUCAGGAUGGUAUGCAGAUAAUUAUUUUAAAUUCUUCUGCUAGUGUAAAUGUAAAAUAAUUAAAGUUGACAUAUGUGAAUAUUUCACUGUACAUAGCAUAUAUUUAGCGACAUUGUAAAAUUUGUAAAUAUUGAAUCCUUCUACAUAUUAUGUGUACUGCAGGGUCUUAAUUCAUCUAAGGCAAUUGAAAGCUAUCGCUGUGGAUGCCCUUGCAUUAGUCACAAUAGCCCUCUUAUUUACCUCUGAGAUUCAUUGUGCCUAUUUUUAAACUUUUAUCAUUAGUACUGUACAUAAUAUAGAAAUUAGCCCCCCUCCCCCAAGAGUAUUUUGCAUUAACAAUAUGAAAUUUUAAGUUUAAGUACAUCUUAGGUACUUUUGGUGUGGAAUUGUACUUGUUCGGUCUUGUAAAAAUUUAAUGGUUUAGAAAAUAUUCUCCCAUUUCUUCAUCCUAUUUCUUCAUUCCAUUGUAUGAAAUUUGAUCAAAGUAUUUUAGAUUCUUCUUUUGUACUGCCUCAUAGGAGCAUCUGAAUUUUCAAGUCAUAAACAUGUUUCUGCUUUUUUCUAAAUAAAGCAGCAUGACAGUUUUUAUUUUAUUGUACUUUGUCAAAUUUGGCCACGAGCCUUGCACCAACCAUGUCCAAAUUUUCUUAGAUAAGAAUUUGGCUUUUCAAUCUCAUUUCCUUUCCUUAGCUCUGUAUAUAAACAUUGAAUAAAUUUAUGUACAUAUACAUUGUAAGAUAAAGUGUAAAUAAUUUGUAGACAAUUUGUAAAAUAAACCUGUAAUAAUCCUUGGUGAUGUAUUUUAUACCCACUGUAGAGUUAUGUACAAAACACUGUUCAUUACAUUAUAUACAUACAUGUAAACUGUAUGCAGUGGGAAAUACUCAAAUAACCAUGAAUUGUGGUGUGGGGGGGGGGGGGGGUUGCAAGGUGAGCAAGUCUUGAAAUUAAAGUAUUAUUUCUCCUGUAUUAUUGCAAUUUAAAGAUCUAAAUAUUUUACACACAAACCCAACAAAAUUACAUACAAUUAAAAUGUUAAAAAGAACAGGAAAGGAAGAUUUUGUGAUUGAUUAAGAUUAAUGUUUUAGCUUACUUUGUAUAAGAGCACUUUCCAAUACCUGAAAACAUUGCAGACAUGUUUUAUGUGUUCUGUGACAGUCACAACACCUUCUGGCAUACAUGUACAAAGUGAAUUGCAAAGUUCUAAAAUCAUGAAUAUAUACUCAUUAAUUUCUUGUCUGGAAGCCAAUUUAUGAAAUAUGUUAUUGAAUUGGUUAAUUGCCACUUGGUCCACACACACUUUUCUACUUUCCAUUUGCCCA